CUCAUUCACCUCAUUUCUUUAACUAACAAUCCCACUUGAAUAGACCGACCAUCUUUUGCUUCGGUCUACUAUACUUACAACAACGCCAGUUCAUAACUUUUUCCACUCUUCUAACGCCUUCACUUCCUUCUCCGACCCGUCGCUGGUGACACUGCUCGGUCUCUUUGCUUUGCCAGCCUACGCUACCAUGUUUGCACAAAGACCUAUCCAAGACCCCUUUCAAUCACACAAGUAUAGCCCCUUCAAUAACCACAUGAUUACACAAAAAGACUUGCUUCAAAGAGAAAAGCAGUCAGUUUAUCCUCAGUCUUUUCACCAGCCAUAUGAGCAGGAACCAGGCCAACAAUCACCACCACACAUUGAGCACAACAACAUGGAUACCGGACGAAGAAAACGAUCUUUCCAUUUUGAGCCAGAGUUUUAUGCCGCUCUCGAUGCUUCAUUGAAUGAGCCGUCUUCCACCUUACCGAGGCCUCAUCCUAUCAAGAAACUUCGCCGUUCUGCUACUGCUACAGAUCCCACUAUCCUUACUAAUAACAAUAUCCCAAACAAUAUCACAACAAGCUCUGACCGGUUGUCCUCGACCCCAACUACAUUAAAAGAGUCAAACCCUUUGUCCUCUACUCCUCGUAGGCCCCCACUUUUGCCAAAAUAUACCAGAAGAUCUCAAGGUAACGAUGUGCGUAUCGUUGACCUUUCUUCAGGAGAAGAGUUGUCAUCAUCUCAUUUGGGCGAAAAAGAACACAAACGUCGCCGCGAGAGUACUGCAGACUCUCUUUCGUCCGCAGAUUCACUACGCGAAAUCUUUGAUGUUUUAGAAGAUGGGACGCUAAAACCAGUAAUGGAUCAUGCACCUUCAUUACCUUCGCCAUAUAAACGAAGCCGGAUCCAUCGAUCCAUGGAUAAUAGCAGCAGCAGAGACAGUGGGGAUGGUGAUGACAGCCCACUUGAGAUCAUCUCAGAACCUCGGAAUGAACUCCAGUCCAACACCACCAAGAAAGAUCGUACGAGUGAUGAUGAUAACCAUGGACAGUUUUCUCAGUAUUCUAAUUCAAACACCUAUCGGGAUGACCAAUCGGAAUCAUCCAUGAUGAUGGACCAAGAUAACUGGGACAAUGCAACACCUCAAACACCCAAACCCUCUCAAGCUGACCUUGGCGCUUUGAUUAGAUACGAGGGCCCCAAAACCGUGACACUUGCUGAUGGGGUUGAUGCACUGAUUCGUAAGCAAUGGUUGAAUCGAUAUAAUACUACUCCUGAACUGAGUGAUGUUCAAGGUAACGAGCUGGUCUUGUACCGUCGACCUCCACCAACAUUCUUGAGCUCAUCUUUUGAUUAUGAGGAUGAUGAUACGCCAGAGUUCACGGCACGCAUUACAGAGAUUGAUGACGAUAAGGAAGACGAUGGCUAUGCCUCCCAUGAUUCUGCAAACGACGAUUCCCAUGUCCAAGAACUGGAGGAUAAAAUCAUGGGUAUGGAUUUGGAUUAGAGGAAAACCCUCUCACUGCCUACCACCAUUUUUUCUUUUAUUGCUGUAGCUUUUUAAAAGCAUUUGUACAUAGUGUCUUUCCAACUAUAACUCUUUAACAAAAUUUGCGCUUGUAUCUGAACCAUAAUCAUUUCUUUUGUAAAUCUCCCAAAUGUAAUGGCAAAAUAAAAAGAACUGAUGG